CACAUCUGGUCAAAACCUGAAAAGAUUCAACAUACAUACAUGGUUGUUACUCCUGUGUAGAAAAGGAAGGAUUUUAUAUCCACUCCACUCUCUCUUAAUAGUAAGUAUAGUCUCUGCCUCUUGAUUUGAUCGUACGGACUCUGCAACCGUCGAAGAUGGGGGUAUAUCUCAGCUCCCCUAAAACAGAGAAGUCUUCAGAAGAUGGUGAGAAUAAUAGACUUCGAUAUGGGAUGUCCUCUAUGCAAGGAUGGCGCGCAACUAUGGAAGAUGCUCAUGCAGCUUAUCCAGAUUUGGACGGUUCCACAUCUUUCUUUGGUGUUUAUGAUGGCCAUGGAGGAAAAGCAGUGGCUAAGUUCUGUGCUAAGUAUCUUCACCAGCAAGUGCUCAAGCAUGCAGCUUAUUCUGCUGGAGAUUUGGGCAAUGCAUUACAAAAAUCGUUUCUCAGAAUGGAUGAGAUGAUGCAUGGACAGAGGGGAUGGAGGGAAUUAGCCAUAUUGGGUGAUAAAAUAGAGAAGGUUUCUGGGAUGAUAGAAGGGUUUUUAUGGUCACCUAGGAGUGGUGAUGUCAACGGGCAUGUUGAUGAUUGGUCUUCUGAGGAGGGACCUCAUUCUGACUUUCAAGGACCAAAUUCUGGAUGCACAGCAUGCGUUGCAAUUAUUCGAGAGAACCAACUUGUUGUUGCCAAUGCUGGUGAUUCUCGUUGUGUUAUAUCCAGGAAGGGCCAGGCAUACAAUUUGUCUAAAGAUCACAAGCCUGACCUUGAGGUCGAGAAAGACAGGAUUCUAAAAGCUGGAGGUUUCAUACAAGUUGGACGUGUUAAUGGAAGUUUAAACUUGGCUAGGGCUAUUGGGGAUGCAGAGUUUAAGCAGAAUAAAUCACUGCCAGCUGAGAAACAAAUUGUGACUGCCAAUCCAGACAUAAACACAGUUGAGCUCUGUGAUGAUGAUGAAUUUCUUGUUCUUGCUUGUGAUGGCAUUUGGGAUUGCAUGUCAAGUCAGCAGCUAGUGGAUUAUGUGCGGGAGCAAUUAAACAAUGAAAAUAAGCUUUCAGCGAUUUGCGAGAAAGUUUUCAACAGGUGUUUGGCACCUGUUGCUGGUGGUGAGGGAUGCGACAACAUGACCAUGAUUAUAGUCCAGUUUAAGAGACCUGUUACUUCAGGUGCUUCUGUAGAGGAGCAGUCACUCUCCUCUGAUCAACCGGCUCAGACGACAGCAAAUAUUGAUGAACCAUCUCAGUGUAACAGAAGCAUAGUGAAGGUUGAUGAGGGUUCAACAGAGACCAAAGAAAAAUAAUAAUUCAACCGUAUUGACUGAGUGGCUCAUUUUUGUGCAAGCUGGAAUCUGAUAAACACAAGAAUACAAGACUUCAAUUUUACGAUUAGGAAAUCGGUUCUUGUGAUUGUAAAUGAUGAGGAUACUCUUUCUUUUUCUUCUUUUUUUUUCCUACUUUUGCCUCGGUAAUUGACGUUUUCUAAGUUCUGUACAUGUGAUCUUUUUGUGGGUCUCGUUAGAAAUUUUCAAUGGCGCUUAUUGACGAAUUCAGGAUUGUGUCAAUUUCAGGACGUGAAAGGCGAAACUAAUGAACCGCAGGUUUUACA